AGAACAAGGCGCAACAACAAGAAGAUCACUGCUCUAUCUGAGAAUCAUUUUUUUCCCCUCAUUUUUCCAUACAGUUUCCCGUCAGAUAAUUGAGAUCACUUUGUUUGUUUUUCUUUUUCUUUUAUUCAUAACAUGGUGAACGCCAAACAAGCAAAAAACAUCCCUCACUUGUAUGCCCUUACUUUGGCUGACAAUGGCUCACCUACACAUGAUAAGACCUAUAUUCGUAUUCCUCUCUCCAAAGAUGACGUGAUGCUCCGUAUCAUUUUGAAGGCUGGUUCUUUAGCUGCUGGUGGUAAACCUACUUUGUAUACCAACUAUCCAGUAAGAGGUGAAUUUGAAAGACAUACUUUUCAUCCUGUCAAUUUUAUCAAAGAUCCUAAUCUCCUUCAUGCUUAUUGUGAUAUCAAGUUGGAUAUUCCAGGUGCCUAUCAAUACAAAGUAGAAUACAUUGAAGACAACAACAAAAAAGUGGCCGACAUUGGUUACUUUAUUGCUGAACCGCGUAUUGAACUGCCUCGUAGUCAAGGCAAAUUGCUACCCUUGGAUGGUUUAAUGAUUUUGUCCAUGGUGCCUAAAUGGAUGGGUCCCAUCACUCAAUGGGAUUCUUUGAUGAAAGAAGUGGAGUAUGCUGGCUACAACAUGAUUCAUUUUGUACCACUUCAAAAACGCGGUUCGUCCAACUCACCUUACAGUAUUGCUGACCAGCUUACUUAUGAUGACGAUGUAUUUGAUGAAAAAGAUCGCAAAAAGCCCGCCAAAGACAAGUUGGCUAUUGUCCAGUCUGCUAUUCAAAAGAUUCGCACCAAGCAUGGCAUUCUCAGUCUUUCAGAUGUUGUUUGGAAUCAUACAAGUAACAGUACCGAGUUUCUUUUGGAACAUCCUGAAGCUGGUUAUAACCUUCAUAAUUCACCUCAUUUGGUACCUGCUUAUGAGCUUGAUACGGCAUUGAUUGAGCUCUCUGGUCAAAUGCAAGAAGUAGGACUUCCUACCCAUGUGCAAUCAGGUAACGAUGCUGAUAAGAUCGUCGAGUACAUCAAGCAUCAUACCCUCAAGGACCUCAAGCUAUAUGAAUUCAAAGUCAUUGAUGUUGCAAAACAAGCACAAGAGAUCCGUAAAGCACUUGAAUUACGCAAAAUCCAAUGCGAUCCUUCUCUUUACAAAGAUGUGGACCAUUUACCUACGAAAGAACGCGUUAUUCUUUUUGGUAAAGAUGUUGUCAAGGACGGUCAUUUAGGAACUCGUUUCCACAAGUCUGUUGAUAUUUCUCACGCACUUUCAUUCUUGUUGGCUUUCAAUCAUAUCUCCAGCCUUAACCAAGUUUCAGAGGAUCGUGUGAAUGGUCUUGUGGAUUCUUUCCAAAGCUUGUUGAAUGACUACAAUCUUCCUCUUUAUGAAGAAUAUGAUGAAGAAUGUCGCAUUGCUCUUGACAAUAUCAAAGGCCGUCUCUUGUUUACUCGUUUAGCUGAAAAUGGUCCAAAACUAGGCGAAAUCACCAAGACCAACCCUCUGAUUGAAACUUAUUUUACUCGCCUUGAAGACAAAAAAAACAAGCAUCCCAAGGGCAGUAUGAUGUUAGCCAACAAUGGCUGGAUUUGGAACGCUGAUCCUUUAAAUGAUUUUGCUGGUCCCGGCUCAGCUGCUUAUCUACGCCGUGAAGUCAUUAUCUGGGGAGACUGUGUCAAGCUUCGUUAUGGUAAGACACCUAAAGACAAUCCUUGGUUGUGGAAGCACAUGAAGGAUUACACCGAACAAAUUGCCGGUAUGUUCCAUGGUAUCCGUAUCGAUAACUGUCAUUCGACACCUAUUCAUGUGGCUGAAUACUUUUUGGAUGCUGCUCGUAAGAUCCGUUCUGAUCUUUACGUGUUGGCUGAAUUGUUCACUGGUUCUGCAGAAAGAGAUAAUGACUUUGUGUCUCGCUUAGGUAUUCAUGCUUUGAUUCGUGAAGCAAUGCAAGCUUGGGAUACACAUGAAUUAUCUCGUUUAGCUCAUCGUCAUGGUGGUAAACCUGUUGGAAGUAUGGAUGAAGAUAUGGUUUGGAAGAAGGUUCCCUAUGAAGGUAAAGAAUACAGUCAUGUACUUCGUAUCCCUGUUACUAGUGGAAGUAUGCCUCGCGCUCUUUUCAUGGAUUGUACUCAUGAUAACGAAACUCCUUUACAAAAGAGAACACCUCAGGAUGCUCUUCCCAAUGCUGCCGUUGUUGCCUUUUCUGAUUGUGCUGUUGGUAGCGUAAAAGGUUAUGAUGAAAUAUACCCUCGUCUUCUUGAUAUCGUAAACGAAAAGCGCAAGUACAACCCUAAUCCUAAGCGUGAAUCAGGUAUUCUUGAAGUCAAGCACAAGUUAUUAGAUUUGCAUAUCAAGAUGUGUCUUGAAGGCUAUCAUGAAGUGCAUGUGCAUCAAGAGAACGACUUUUUGUUGGUCCAUCGUCAACAUCCCGGCUCUCAUGAUGGUUACUUGAUGAUCUCUCGAACUGCUUUCCCCGGUCAAGGCACAGGUCAUUCACCUAUCCGUCUUCGUAAAUCUCAAGCUGAAUUUUUGUUUGCUUAUUCACUCAAGGUAGACGAUCAUACAGCUAAAGAGUCGAGCUAUUUAGAGGGGCUUCCUAGUCAUUUAGAAACACUCGAAUCUCCUCGGUUUGAACAACAUCAAGACGAAAAGGGUCAAUUUGUUGAAGUAAUUCUUUCUGAUAACUUUGCUCCCGGUUCUAUCUGUGUUAUCAAGACAUCCAUUGACUCCAAGUAUGAUCAAACGCAUAAAUUAGUUAUGUCCAUCGACGAUGAUGUUGUUAAAAAUCUUGAUUUGCUUGCUAUCAAUGCUAUCUUGUAUCGUUGUGACAGUGAAGAAAGAGACAGUAUUCCUGGUGGUGGUGUUUACAAUGUACCUAAUUUUGGUAGCUUGGUCUAUGCUGGUCUUCAAGGGUUCAUGUCUGUCUUGAAGUCUAUCAUUACGAAUAAUGAUUUGGGCCAUCCUCUUUGCGAUAACUUGCGUGCAGGACCUUGGGCUCUUGAAUACACUGUCAACCGAUUAAAGGAAUACAAAAAGGACUAUCCUUCUCUUGAGCCUUUGAUUGCUUGGUUUGAUAAACGUAUUGUGAUGAUUAAGGAAUUACCUGAUUUCUUGGUCCCCAAGUAUUUUGCUCUUUUGAUCAAGACAGCUUAUGACAAAGUGUAUGCUCAUGCCUUAACCUUACUCUCUCCUUUAGUUCAACAUGGUGACACCUUUAUCAAACAGUUGGGUAUGACAAGUGUUCAAAUGGUGGGACAAGUACCCUCUGCUGGCCUUUGCCCUACCAAAUCUACACCUUCUUUAGCUGCCGGUUUGCCUCAUUUCACUACACACCAUAUGCGUGUCUGGGGUCGUGAUGUCUGCAUCUCUCUUCGUGGUUCAUUGAUGGUCACAGGUCGUUUUGAGGAAGCCAAGCAGCACAUCAUUGCCUUUGCUGGUUCAUUGCGUCAUGGCUUGAUCCCUAACUUGUUGGAUUCUGUCCGUUGUCCUCGAUACAACUCACGCGACUCUGUCUGGUUCUUUAUGCAAUCCAUUCAAGACUAUUAUCAUAUGGCACCUGACGGCAAAUCCAUCUUGAAAGCCCAGGUACCUCGUCGGUUUCCUAAGGAUGAUCAAUUUGUGCCUGUUGAAGAAGGCUACACUUAUUCUUGCACCCUAGCUGAAGUCAUCCAAGAGAUUUUUGAGCGACAUGCUCGUGGAAUUCAUUUCAGAGAACAUAAAGCAGGUCGAGCCAUCGAUGAGCAAAUGUCAGACAAGGGCUUUGAUAUCGAUAUUGAUGUGGACUGGGAUUCUGGUGUGCUUGUGGGUGGUAAUGUCUGGAACUGUGGUACUUGGAUGGACAAGAUGGGUGAAAGUCUCAAGGCUAAAAACAAGGGACAUCCAGGCACUUCUCGUGAUGGUGCUCCCACUGAAAUUACUGGUUUGUUAAAGAGUGCACUUCGCUGGGUCAAUCAACUGAUUGAGCGUGGUGAGUAUCAAUGGAAGGGCGUAGAUCAAGUCCAACAAGUUGAAGGUGGCAGCAUCACUUAUCAAUACUGGAACAAGUUGUUACAGCAACACUUUGAGCGUGUCUAUUAUGUUCCUUUGGAUGCUUCAGAAGACAAAAACUAUGAUGUGAUUACCAAGAUUGUCAAUCGUCGUGGUAUCUACAAGGAUGUCUACAAAGCUACCGAAGCCUAUACUGAAUACCAACUGCGCCCUAAUCUCUUUAUUGCCAUGGCUGUUGCUCCUGAGUUGUUUGAUAAGGCUCACGCCAAAUACUGUAUUCAAUUAUGUCGUGAUGUCUUGCUUGGCCCUCUUGGUAUGAAGACAUUAGACUCUGCAGAUCAACAAUACAGACCUUAUUAUCAUAAUUCUGAAGAUUCAGAAGAUUUCCAAACAUCCAAGGGUCGUAAUUACCAUCAAGGACCUGAGUGGCUUUGGCCUCUUGGUUAUUAUCUCCGUGCUGCUCGCUACUUUGAUGCUCUAUCUGAUCAAGACAUUGCUCGCAUUUUACGCAAACACCGUGACUAUAUCAGCCAAGAUCCUUGGUGUGGUCUUCCUGAGCUUACUAACAAAGACGCUGAAUAUUGCCAUGAUUCUUGUAGAACACAAGCUUGGUCCUCUGCCACUCUUUUGGACUUGUUUUAUGAUUUAAUUGAAGGUACACAUUAA